GCCCAUGGCGUCUGAAAGCGUUUUGUGAAAUGUGCUGCUGACUUAGUCGUAGUUUCUGAUAAUUGAACUAAUAUUUACAUAUUUUUCUUAUAAAGUUUAUUAUUACGUGCUGAUUUUCUUCCAACAAAGUUUCGCUUGAGUCUUUAAUAUGGGACGAGGAAGAGAUCGUAGCCGUGAUAGACGUCGCAGCCGAAGCAGAAGUAGGAGCAGAAGCCGUAGUCGAAGUCCCCGUUAUGGUUUAGGAUCCGGCGGUGGAUAUGGUGGAGGUGGUGGACGCCGUAGCAAUCCAGGAGCAAGUUUGCGUAAACCUAAAUGGGAUUUGAGUAGGCUAAAGCCAUUUAAGAAAGACUUUUAUGUCCCUCAUCCAGAUGUAGAAAGCAGACCAGAUUCUGAAGUUGAAGCUUGGAGAAGUGAAAAUGAAAUUACACUAAAAGGUCGGAACAUUCCGAAACCUACCUUGACAUUUGAUGAAGCUGGAUUUCCUGAUUACGUUAUGGACGAAAUUGACAAAAUGGGAUUUUCGAAGCCUACGCCCAUUCAAGCUCAAGGAUGGCCUAUAGCUCUUAGUGGGUGUGAUAUGGUUGGAAUUGCUUCUACUGGAUCUGGUAAAACGCUCUCUUAUAUAUUGCCAGCUAUUGUUCACAUAAAUCACCAACCUAAAUCUAGUAGAGGUGAUGGUCCUAUUGCAUUAGUUUUAGCCCCAACUAGAGAAUUAGCCCAACAAAUACAAGAAGUGUGUGAUAAAUUUGCCAACACAUCUAAAAUACAUAACACUUGUUUAUUUGGAGGUGCUCCUAAGGGGCCUCAAGCAAGAGACUUGGAUGCAGGGGUGGAAAUUGUUAUUGCUACUCCAGGGCGUCUAUUAGAUUUUUUGGAAAGUGGAAGAACUAAUUUAAAGAGAUGUACCUAUUUGGUCUUAGAUGAGGCUGACAGAAUGUUAGAUAUGGGGUUUGAACCACAGAUUAGAAAAAUUAUAGAACAAAUUAGACCUGAUCGUCAGACCCUUAUGUGGUCAGCUACAUGGCCAAGGGAGGUACAAAGCUUGGCUUCUGAAUUUCUUAAAGAUUAUCUUCAAAUUAAUGUUGGUUCUCUGCAGUUAGCUGCAAAUCACAAUAUUUUACAAAUUAUUGAUGUUUGUAUGGAGUAUGAAAAAGAAACAAAAUUAAGUACUCUUCUAAAAGAAAUUAUGGCUGAAAAAGAAAAUAAGACUAUAAUAUUUAUAGAAACAAAGCGUCGCGUGGAUGAUAUUACUAGGAAAAUGAAAAAGGAUGGGUGGCCUGCUGUAUGUAUUCAUGGUGAUAAGUCACAAAAUGAACGAGAUUGGGUAUUGCAAGAUUUUAGAAGUGGAAAAGCUCCUAUUCUUGUAGCCACAGAUGUAGCGGCUAGAGGUUUAGAUGUUGAUGAUGUUAAGUUUGUCAUUAAUUUUGACUAUCCAAGCAACUCCGAAGAUUAUGUACAUCGCAUUGGACGAACAGGAAGGACAAAUAAAACUGGAACAGCUUAUACUUUCUUUACACCUUCAAAUGCUGCUAAAGCAGGAGAUCUUAUUUCAGUAUUGAAAGAAGCAAAACAAGUUGUAAAUCCUAAAUUGCAAGAACUUGCUGAGCGUGGUGGUGGAGGUGGACGACGUCAUCGAGGUCGAGGAGGAAGAUACCGUAGAGGGCGAAGAUCCCGUUCAAGAUCACGUUCGCGUCGCCGUCGCACUCGAUCGCGAUCGCGUUCCCGGGACAGACGGCGACGCCGUCAUAGUUCAUCGAGAUCUUCACGAAGCAGAUCAUCAAGAUCGUCGAGAAGUCAUUCUCGAUCUCGUUCGCGCUCUCGUUCCCGUUCACGUAGCCGUUCACGUUCAGAGAACGGCUACAAUGGAGACUCGCGCCGACGUAGGAGACGAUAAAUAAGAAAUGAAAGAAUAGAGUGAAGAACAAAAACGCUAGUGCUAAGUUUGGACGACAGAAUUUCAUUCCAAGUUGUGUUUGUUGGCAUUAAUUUUCUAUGCCUAAAAUUGUAACUUAACGAUUUUCAUGAUUAAAACCUAAUAUGAAUUACACUUAAUAAAAAUAAGCUAAAAAGUAAAAGCUAUAGCAUCAUUGAGUGCUUUUAAUUUAUCGUCUACAUUCUACAAUAUCCUGAUCUUAUUAGUGUUGAUCUUUUUAUAAUUUAAGUUUUAUUGACGGUAAUUUUGUCUUGUAGGUACAUAAGUACAUUAAUAUGACUGUCUGUAUAAAAUACUUUGAAAUCGUAAAUAAUAUACGAACUUUUUGU